CGGCUGAUUUCAAGAUAUGUACGUGUGUAUCUAUCUAUCCGUGAAUCCAAACUAGAAAAUUGAAAAGGGUAUGUGAUAAAGAUUGAAUUUUGAGACCUGAAAUCGGGUUUUCGAGGGGAGGGUGUGUUUAAUGUUUUUAUAAGCAAAUCUCCGUGAGGGAGGCUGUUUACUUACAGGCUUGCGAUGGAAUCAGACUCUAGAAUUGGAGCUCCUCGAACCCCUUCUUCUCAGCUUUCAUGGGUAUAUCUCUCCAAGAAUCUGUUAUUAGCAUAUCAAAGCCUUGGUGUUGUAUAUGGAGAUCUGAGCACUUCACCUCUUUACGUUUAUUCCAACACGUUUACUGGGAAGUUACAGAAUCAUCAUGAUGAGGAUACAAUAUUCGGUGCAUUUUCCUUGAUAUUCUGGACAUUUACAUUCAUUCCCUUGCUAAAGUAUGUCCUUAUUGUGCUGAGUGCAGAUGAUAAUGGAGAAGGUGGUACAUUUGCUCUUUACUCCCUGCUUUGCAGGCAUGCAAAGCUUAGUUUGCUUCCUAAUCAACAAGCAGCUGAUGAGGAACUCUCAGCCUACAAAUACGGCCCCUCAACACAGAAUGUGGCCUCAUCUUCAUUUAAGAGAUUUUUUGAUAAGCAUAAGAAGUUACGGACAGCCCUACUUGUUGUGGUCUUGUUUGGCGCUUGCAUGGUCAUAGGGGAUGGUGUAUUCACUCCAGCAAUGUCAGUUCUAUCAUCAGUAUCAGGGCUACAGGUUGCGGAACAUAAGCUAACUGAUGGUGAAGUCCUCUUGCUUGCCUGUGUAAUUUUGGUUGGCCUGUUUGCUCUGCAGCACUGUGGCACUCACAGAGUAGCUUUUGUGUUUGCUCCCAUUGUUAUCAUCUGGUUGUUAUCAAUUUUUUCUAUUGGACUGUACAACACAAUACAUUGGAACCCGAAGAUUGUUUAUGCAUUAUCUCCACAUUAUAUUAUCAAGUUCUUUAGGAAGACUGGGAAAGAUGGUUGGAUUUCUCUUGGAGGAGUUCUUCUUUCAAUAACUGGUACUGAAGCCAUGUUUGCAGAUCUUGGUCAUUUCACUGCCUUGUCUAUUAGGCUUGCGUUUGUCUUUGUUAUAUACCCUUGUUUGGUAGUACAAUACAUGGGUCAAGCUGCUUUCCUGUCUAAAAACCCGCAGUCCAUUCCUAAGAGUUUUUUCGACUCAAUACCUGGUCCUGUAUUUUGGCCUGUAUUUGUUAUUGCCACCCUUGCAGCCAUUGUUGGGAGUCAGGCUGUCAUCACCGCCACUUUCUCUAUCAUCAAACAAUGCAAUGCUCUCGGUUGCUUCCCACGAGUCAAAGUUGUCCACACCUCUAAACAUAUAUAUGGGCAGAUCUAUAUCCCAGAAAUAAACUGGAUUCUCAUGGUACUUACUCUUGCUGUAACUCUGGGCUUUCAACAGACAACUUUAAUUGGAAAUGCUUAUGGACUUGCUUGCAUGACUGUCAUGUUCAUCACUACCUUUCUCAUGGCACUUGUAAUUAUCUUCGUAUGGCAAAAGAAUAUCUUGUUGGCUGCAUCAUUCCUCCUACUCUUUUGGUUCGUUGAGGGCGUGUACUUGUCAGCAGCUUUCAUUAAAGUGCCCCAGGGAGGUUGGGUUCCCUUAGUGCUUACAGUCAUCUUUAUGGUCAUUAUGUACAUCUGGCAUUAUGGAACUCGCAAAAAGUACAACUUUGAUCUGCACAAUAAAGUGUCAUUGAAAUGGUUACUUGGCUUAGGCCCAAGUCUUGGUAUCGUCCGUGUGCCGGGAAUAGGCCUUAUAUACUCAGAAUUGGCAACUGGAGUACCUGCAAUCUUCUCUCAUUUCGUGACAAACCUUCCGGCAUUCCACAAGGUUUUGGUAUUUGUGUGUGUAAAAUCAGUUCCUGUCCCUUAUGUUUCCCCUGAGGAACGUUUCCUUAUCGGCAGGGUCUGCCCAAGGCCAUAUCGCAUGUAUCGUUGCAUUGUGAGGUAUGGGUACAAAGACAUUCAAAGGGAUGAUGGGAACUUUGAGAACCAGCUCAUCCAAAGCAUAGCAGAGUUCAUUCAGAUGGAAUCAGUAGAACCACAAUUCAAUAGUUCUGAGAGCUCUUCGAUUGAUGGGAGGAUGGCUGUUAUAAGCACCCUAAGUGCUCAGUCAACCUUGUCCAUAGUAGAAUUUGAGCAUGAGAACAUUAGUGGAAAUGAGUCUGUCCAAAGCAGCAGAUCUUUAACCCUACAAAGCUUGCGAUCUGUGUACGAUGAUGAGAAUCCACCGAUCAGGAGGCGCCAAGUUAGGUUUCAGUUGCCACAAAAUCCUGGGAUGGAUCCUGCGGUCAGGGAAGAGCUGAUGGAUUUGAUCCAGGCAAAGGAAGCGGGGGUUGCGUACAUAAUGGGGCAUUCGUAUGUCAAAGCCAGGAGAUCAUCUUCAUUCUUGAAAAAGCUUGUUAUCGAUAUCGGGUAUUCGUUUCUUCGGAAGAACUGCAGGGGCCCUUCUGUGGCACUGAACAUUCCUCACAUCAGCCUUAUCGAAGUCGGCAUGAUAUACUAUGUCUAGUCAAGUGUAGACAUGAAAGGGAGGAAUGGGUCAUAUUUUUCAGAGGAAAUACCGUAAGGUAGUCAGUUUUCCUUUCCAUGAAAUAAUAAGGCUGAUUUGGACCACAUAUAUGGCUACUGGGUUCCAUAAAAGCUUUUCAUAAUGGCUCACUUUUUCUUUUCUUUUCUUUUCUUUUUCCCAUGUAUAGGUAAUAUCAGCACUCUUUAAUGUUAGUUUUGUUUCUUCAUAUUAUUGGCUACCUGGAAGUUGAUAAAUUUGAACUUUUAAUAGACUGUUAAUGAUCAGUGGCAUUUGGCUUUACUA